UUCCCUGCUGAAAAUUUCAUGAGGCUGCAUGUGUUGCAUGAAAACAUUUUCACCAUUGCCACCACAUUUAUUUCCACCAUACCCCCUGCAACUGUCUCUUCUAGCCCCCUCAUGAAUUUCUGGUUAAGUCAGAUUUAGCUGAAAUCCUAGCCUAAAUCACAGCUUUCCACUGAUGGGGCAAGUAGCAGUGGCGGACUCAGGAUGUUUGCGGGCCAGGGGUAAAAUGAUAAAAGAAAAAAAAAAAGGCAGCUGCUGUCUUUAGUGAGGCACCAUUGUUGAAAAAGUUGUCAAAAAUUCAAAGUGAAAAGUUUGAAAUCCUGGUUACGAUUUAGCAUUUGAAAUUAUGAUUAUACUGACUACACCUGUGUAAAAACAGACCAAUUAUGAACUAUGGAGCAACUGAUUUGACAAAAACAUACAAGGGAGGACAUCAGUGGAAAUGACCUUUACAUCAAGAAGCUUAUAGCACUUUAUUUCAUUUUCUCCACUGUUAGACGUGGUUUCAUCCCCUGUGAGGACACUCUCCCCAGUUAAAGACUGCCAAGGAGGGAACUUGAUCACAGAUUGUCCACUGGAAAGGCAGCAUGGGGGGCACUUGUGCAUUUUAAGGCACUUUGUCAUCUACUUACUGGGAAUAAGCAGGUGUAUCUGUUGUAUCUGUUAUUUGGUUCCUUCUGUGGAGCACAACGCCACGCCAGGCCGGGGUUGUGUGGUUACCCAUGACAGGAUACCACACCCUUAGCUCUGCUUCCCCCACCCUAUUGCGAAGCUUGCUCUUUCUCUCUCUCGCUUUCCCUAAUCUCUCUCAUUUUCCCCCCUUUUUUCCUCUUAGUUAUUGGUAAUAAUUGUUGCCCUGUAAUCAUGAGUGGUGUUAAGGAAGGUAGUAUAGCAUUGUCACUACCUGGAGCUUGCAUGUACGGAACCUGGGUCUGUUGAAGGUGGCAUGCUGUCGAGGCUGUGUGGGCCAUGUGGUAAGAUAGGUAAGAUGAUGUCUGCGUGUCGGCAUGCUGGGUGGUGGGAGCUAGCAUGGAGGGGGUGGCUCUGGGACGCUGGAGAUCACUGUUCAGCCCUCUGGAGGUGUUGUGGGACUAACUGGAAAAAACAAUGACAAAGGAGGGUUCCCACUUGACAACCCCUGUAAAGUGCGGGUUUCUUACUACCCAUCAGUCUGCAUGGUUGACUUGUGGAGGCAGAUAUUAAUGGAUUAGGGAUUUCUUAACUGAGCGCUGAUCCUCUUUAUAGGGCACAAGUAUCUUGUGUUUCAUUCAAACUAUGUGGUAGUGUCCAUGGAGCGGACCCUGCAUAUUUAUGAAUAAAAGGCUUAUUCUAAGUGUAUUUAAAACUGCCUGCUUUUUAAAAGCCUUGUUGCUUUUAUAUGAUACAUAACAUGCACACAACACUGAUGUCAAUCAGCAGAAACAAGAUAACACUGUGACACCAUGUUCUAACUGCAGCCUGACAGAGGAAUGGUUUUAUGUUAGCAAGGCCUCAACCUGUCAUCAGAUGUCAGAAACUGGGUCAAACAGUCUUUUCCUUAAGAGCUGAAUCCUGGGAAAUUCCUGCUGCCAACUCUGACCUGCUGGUUCAUCUUUCUCACUGAGUGGAGUUUGAGUUUUCACCUGAAGAGAGAAUUCUCAUCAAGCGUAAAAAUAUCUUAAAUUACAGACUACAAUAGAGCACAUACCUGAACAAUGAAAAAACAUUUACCAACAAAACUUCCCUUCAACUAUUCUUACUUUCAUUUUCUUUUCUUAGUGCUGAUUGAUUCAGGUUUGGCAGCAUUGUUUUUUGUAAUUGUUGUUUCCUGGCACACAAGACGCCACUCCUAACCCAAGGCGCAUCCUUUAGUACUUCAUUGGCCUCAGACCAGGUGUACCGCUCACUCAGGUUCAUAGUUCAUUAUCUGUGGCUUCAUUUUUCCAACAAGAGAUGGACCAACGGCCCCAGGAGCAUUGGGAGUCUGGUCUCUGUGACUGCUUUGAGAACGCCAGCACCUGCUGCUAUGGUUUCUGGUGCUGUCCCUGCCUGGCCUGCACCGUUUCAGGGAAGUUCGGAGAGAACCGCUGUCUCCCGUUGUGUGACAUAUGCAGCCCUGCAGUCACAGCUGCCUUUGGGGUUCCGCUGUGUGCACCUCCUGCAGUUUUGGCCAUGAGGGCUGCCAUGCGUAACAGAUAUAACAUCAAGGGUUCUCUCUGUAAGGACAUUGCAGUUUCCUGCUUUUGCGGGUGGUGCUCCUGGUGUCAGAUGCAUCGAGAGUUAAAACAUCGGAAAAAGUCUCCCACUAUUAUCAAUGUGCAUAAUCAAACCGUUUAUUCCACGCAGCCUCCUCCAGUCAUUGUGUCGCCACAUGGUGUUGCAACACACCAUGGUUUUGUUCAACAACAAGGUUACGGGAACCGAGGUUUUGUGCCGGAGCACGGAGUCUUCGUAGCUUCAUGCUGAGCUUUGUAGCUCUGCACUGGUUUUCUAUGUGAGAGUCUUGUUUUUGUUUUUGUUUGUUUGUUUGGUGUUUUUACAUCAAAGCUAAAAUUUUGUUUUCAUUAAAAGCCAUUUUUGUGCUAUUAAAUAUUUUAUCAGCAGAGACAAACAGCCAGAUGUGAAUGGCUGCAGUGAUGCUGCUCUUUAAAAUACACAGUCAGAGCUGAGUGUUGUAUAAUGAUGUAUAUCAGCAUUACAGAGAAGAGAGCUAAACAGAAAAGAAAAGCUGGUUCUGUCAGUCU